GGAAGAUUCGGUUUAUUUAAGGGAAAAAGUUACAGAGAAGGACACCACACACAAAAUACGCAUACUCUGUCCGGCUGAGGUGCGACACUGACGGCAGUCUGGUGUAAGAAUUGAGGAUAUAAUGCACUGGUGACUAAAUCCUGUACUAGGUUGAAUAAUGAUCAGAGACAUUGUCAUCGUGCGGCAGCCUUUCUCUGUGUGUGUACCUGUGAACCACAAGGUGACUCUGAGCGUCCGAGCCGAGGGCACAGGCAAACUCAACUACCAGUGGUUUACACAGGAUGAAAAGGUGUGUGGUGGUACUCAGGCAGACCUGGCCAUCAGACCCACAAAAACCCAGCUGUAUGUGUGUCGAGUCAAUGACCACUUCUGCAACUGUGUGUUCAGCGAAUGGGUGAAAGUGAAGGUGAUGGACAUUGAUAAAUCAGUCCUACCGGAACAUUGGCAGGAUGCACUGCACAUUGCUGUCAACCCUAAACCCCAGACAGUUCAACAAGGUGCAGACUUCUCACUGUGCUGCGUUGCUUUUGGCAUUCCCACUCCACAGUAUCAGUGGUACCGAAAUGGACAGGCCCUGCUGGGUAUGACUGGUGACACGCUGCAGGUAGACUGUGCAGCUGAUGAACACGCAGGGACGUACCUCUGUUCGGUUUCCAACGUGGUACAGGAGAGAUGGACUGAAGCAGUUGAUGUUAAAGUUGUGCAAACUGCUCAUCUUCCGCCGGCAGCACCCACAGCCACAGACAAAGUUGCCCUGCUCAUUGGAAACCUGAAUUACUCCCAUCACCCCAGCUUAAUGGCACCUAUCAUGGAUGUACAUGAGCUGGCUAACCUCUUGCGGCAGCUUGGGUUUAGAGUGGUUUCCCUGCUCGAUCUGACCAGAGAGGAGAUGCUCGCAGCCAUCGAAAGGUUUACUCAGCUCCUUGACAGAGGAGUUUACGGACUUUUCUACUACGCUGGUCAUGGGUAUGAGUACGCUGGGAGAAAUUACUUGGUAGCUGUUGAUGCCCCACAACCAUACCGGCGUGAAAACUGCGUGUGUGUGCAGAGGGUCAUGCUCGGCAUGCAGGAAAGACAGACCGCACUGAGUGUGAUCCUGCUGGAUACCUGCAGAAAAUGGUACAACCAGGAUCACAUACCUUCAACCAUCAUGCCACUGAAACCAUGUGGGAAUACUGUUUACGGUUAUGCCACAUGUGAAGAUGCUGAGGCGUUUGAGGUCCAGGACGGAGGGAAAAGUACUGGAAUCUUCACCAAGUACUUGAACAAGCACAUCCUUCGGUCCAACAAGGUCACGCAUGUCUUAGAGAGAGUUUCUGAGGACCUUGGCGUCGACCCAUUAAUUGCUGGCAGACAGGCAGUGGAGAUCAAACACACCCUGAAAGAACCUCGAUCCCUCACAGAUCCGGUUCGCACCACCGGUCAUACGCAAGAACUACGCCUACGAGAUAUCUGCUGGAGACAGGCAAAUGAGCUGCCAGAGAAGAAGCGUCUGAAGUUUCCUUGUGGAGUAGAAGUGGAAGUCAGCUUCUCAGCUUUGUUCUCCAACGUCUUGGUGGCUUUUGCCACUGUGAAGAACGUCAGCCCCAGGACCCAGGACUGUACUGUCGUUCUAAGCAGCACACCUACGAUGGAAGACAUAUUUUCUGGUCCUGACCGGUCACAGGGGAUGGACUCUCUCUUAUUUGAAAAAUCUGUUAACCCAGACUGCACUAUAAGGCUUUGUGCGCUUCAGAGGCUAAGGGAAUCACUGGUCAUCAAAGUGGACCUACACUAUACUCACACAGACAGUAAACUGCGCCUGACAGAGAGCCAACGCGUGGACACGGGAAAACCUCUGGUGGCGUCCUGUAAAUUAUACAGGAGUAAGAGUCACGCAGUGACAGACAGAAAGCACGGGGGUGCUUCCGCUCAAAGUAUGGGCAACAUUUCCAGCGGCAAACCAACGCUGCGUCAGACUGUGGCUGGUCCAGGCCGACCGUUCACCAGAAAGGCAGAGUGUGCCGCUAAAGUUCCAGCUACAAGGAGCAACGAACCUGAAGAGAACGACGAAGAUGAACUACGAGACUCUGUUUUUUAAUCUUUGUUUUAUUAUUGUAAAUACUAACUACUUUGACAUUUACUUUGCCACCUAAUAGAGAAGUUACACAACAUGUAUCUUAGCAGCAGGGGCCUUUCAAGAGAGUUGAGAAGCCCCAGGUAAUAAGAACCUUGGGGCCCUUCUUUGAACUGAAAUGAGGUGGCAUUGGGCAAAGUUAAGGGUUUUCCCACUAUUGCGUCAUCGAAGCCUGUAGCCUGCAAAGAUCAUGAAAUUUAAGGGCAUCCUCACAAAAUUUGUCAUUGUUGAUGACUAACUUAUUCAGCUAUACUCGAGGGCUUGCUUGCUUUGAAACUCCUGUUGAUACAGCCCUUCUUCUGUUGUUGACAGUGAUGAAUGAAUGAGUGAAUGAAUGAAUGAAACUUGGUGUUACUGUGUCUUAAACUUUAUUUUUGAUCUCAACACUGACGAAAACAUUAACACUUUUGCUACCCACUAAUUUCAUCAUAAAUUCUUUAAUAUAUUAUAUGUGUAUGACACUUCUUCAUCAGUGGCAAGCUGGCUAGCCUAAUGUUUCAAAUAAAGAUGAUGACUGUUCAUGA